AAUCCCUCUUUCCCCGUCCCAAAAGAAUUCGAUCUCCUACAGCGAUUCUGUUUUGAGUCCUUGCAGUUUUUCCGGCGCAUCUCCGGCCACCUCCAAUUGAUGCAAGCAGUCGCAAGGGAAACCUAGCCAUACCCUGAGGCACGGCCAGCAUAGGAGAGCACUGCAGAGCUAUGAGUGGGAAAGCCCGGAAUUUCCGCCGCCGCGGCGGGGACGACGUUGACGAGGGCGAAACGCCUGCAGUUUCCGCUCCCAAUGGAAACUCCACGAAGCCGCUUGCCAAACCGGUCGCAGGCUCCGGCAACCACAAAAAGUCUCUAACCCUAGCCCCCAAGAGCCUACUCAGCUUUGCUGAUGACGAAGAUUCCGAAGAUUCUCCUUUUGUUCGGACUUCUAGACCCUCCUCUUCCGGCACAAUGCUCGCCAAGGCGUCCUCCUCUCACAAGCUGUCAUCUGGGAAAGGUAAAAGCGGUGCCGCGGCUUCUCUCACCUCCAAUGUGCAGCCCCAAGCUGGUACUUACACUAAAGAAGCUCUCCUUGAGCUCCAGAAGAAUACUAAAACCCUAGCAAGUUCCCGCCCUACUCAGUUAAAAUCGAAACCCGAGUCCUUGGAGCCUGUCAUUGUGUUAAAGGGGCUUGUUAAGCCACCUAUUACUAUUGGCACUGAGUUGGAGAAGAAACAUGAUAGCGAUAGUGAAAAAGAUGAUGAGAUGAUUGAGAGACAGGGCGUGUCGCUAGGACAAGAUAGGGAGAAUACAUUGAAUAGGCUUGGUUCUAUGGAGUUGGAUAAGGGUUUGAGGAGUACUGAUGAUAUCGGGUCAGAGAUACCAGAUCAGGCAAUGAUAGAUGCAAUAAGGGCUAAGCGGGAGAGACUCAGGCAAGCUCGGGCUGCUGCCCCAGACUAUAUUUCAUUAGAUAGAGGAAGCAAUCAUGGGGAAGAAGAUGGCUUGACUGACGAGGAACCAGAGUUUCAAGGGAGAAUUGGGUUCUUUGGCAAAAAUGUUGAUAAGGGGAAGAGGGGAGUCUUUGAGGAUUUUGAGGCUAGCGGGUCACAUAAGGAUGGUGUAGUCGAAUGUGUGUAUGAUGAGGAGGAAGAAGAUAAAAUGUGGGAAGAAGAACAGGUGAGGAAGGGCCUUGGAAAGAGGGUGGAUGAUGGUUCUAGUAGAGGAGUUAGUUCUAGUGAUGGUGGUGUUGGUAAUAACCCUGUAGCUUCUAGUAUUCUGCAGACUAAGUUUGGAUAUCCAGUAGGUGGAGCUAGUGUAUAUUCGUCAGUGCCGACUGUUGUUCCAGUUAUUAGUCCUAGUAGUGCAGGAGGUUCAGAUACUCUCUCAGUCUCACAGCAAGCUGAGCUUUCCAAGAAAUCAUUGCUUGCCAAUGUGUCUAGGCUUAAGGAAUCUCAUGGCCGAACUCUAAAAUCUUUGAGCAAGACAGAAGAAAAUUUGUCUUCUUCAUUGUCAAAUUUGACUGCUUUGGAAAAUUCUUUUUCUGCUGCUAGUGAAAAGUACAUCUUCAUGCAAGACCUCGGGGACUUUGUUUCUGUCAUGUGUUCAUUUCUGCAGGAGAAAGCUCCUUACAUAGAGGAACUAGAAGACCAGAUGCAAAAACUUCAUAAAGCACGGGCAGAGGCAAUUUUAGAUAGAAGAGCUGCCGAUAAUGAGGAUGAAAUGAGAGAACUAGAAAAUGCUAUUAGUGCAGCAAAGCAAGUUUUUUGUGAACGCGGUUGCAGUGCUGCUACAAUAGCUCUUGCAAAAGAAGCUGCCGGGAAAGCUGCUGCUGAGGCAAGAAGGCAAAGAGACAUUCCUGUAAAGCUAGAUGAAUUUGGUAGAGAUUUGAAUCAGCAGAAAAGAAUGGAUAUGAGAAGAAGAGAAAAGGAUCGAGAACGUAGGAGAGCUAAAUCUGAUGCUAAAAGAAUGUCCUCCAUUGAAAACGACAGUUCCUAUCAGCGUGUAGAGGGAGAGUCAAGCACUGAUGAGAGUGACAGUGAGAGCACUGCCUACAAAUCCAACCGCGAUCAGUUGCUUCAGGUUGCUGACGAGAUAUUUGGUGACACAAAUGAUGAAUACUCCCAAUUAGCUAUGGUUGUUAGUAAGUUUGAGAGAUGGAAGAAACAGUAUUCUUCAAGCUAUCGUGAUGCUUACAUGUCUCUAAGCCUUCCUGCUAUUCUCUCGCCCUAUGUUAGAUUGGAGCUUUUGAGAUGGGACCCCCUUCAUGAAGAUGCAGACUUUAGUGAUAUGAAAUGGCAUUCUUUGCUCUACAACUAUGGACUCCCUAAUGGUGAUGGUGAUAUUAGUUCUGAUGAUGCCGAUGCUGAUAGUAACCUCCUCAUUCCUCAACUUGUGGAAAAGCUUGCAAUUCCUAUCAUUCACUAUCAUUUGGAGUACUGUUGGGACAUACUAAGCACUCGUGAAACAAAAUAUGCAGUCUCUGCCAUGAAGUUGGUGUUUGGAUAUGUUCCCUUUUCUAGUUCUGCUCUAUGCAAUUUGGUUGCAGUUCUGCGUAACCGCCUGGCUGAUGCUGUGGCUAAUUUAGUGGUUCCCAAAUGGGACAAUCUUGUAAUGAAGGCUGUUCCAAAUGCAGCUCGUAUUGCAGCAUAUGGCUUUGGCACGUCUGUUCGUUUGAUGAGAAAUAUAUGCUUGUGGAAUAAUGUUCUUGCAAUUCCUAUAUUGGAGAAGCUUGCUCUUGAUGAGCUCUUAAGUGGAAAGGUUCUUCCCCAUCUUUGGAACCUUCAAUCAGACAUUGAUGAUGCAAUUACGAGAACUGAGAGAAUUGUUGCUUCACUAUAUGGAGUCUGGGCCGGUCCAAAUGUCAUUGGUGGUAACAGUCCUAAGCUCCAGCCAUUGCUUGAUUAUUUGCUAAGACUGAGUAAAGCUCUGGAGAAGAAGCAUUUGGCGACCGGAGCAGAGGUGGAGACUGGAAAACUUGCUCGCAGGCUGAAGAAGAUGCUGGUUGAGCUCAACGAAUAUGACCACGCCAGGGAAAUUUCAAAAACAUUCAGCAUCAAAGAAGCAUUAUGAACACUUCCACUCCACCAAACCACCACAGGUUAAGAUUUUCUCCACCUCUCCCCCCCCCCGGGGACCCACGUGGGUCCCGCAUUCUGGAGAGUGAUUCGAGACUGAUCAAUGAGGUAAUGUGGUUGCUUCAGUCACCAUUCUUACCGGAUAUGACUUAUAUAGCUUGAAAUGUGAACAUAUGCAGCUUCAUAGGAAUCUCUCCCUUUCAUCAUCUUAGGCCUGGUCUGGUGGGA